AUGCAAGUUUAUAAAGAGGCUUAUGAAAAGAUGAAGGGAGAAUUCAAGGAGGUCACAGUCACGAAGAUUCCUAGAGCUGAAAACGGAAGAGCAGAUGAGUUGGCUAAAAUGGCUAGUUCCCUGAGUACAUGGACGCUCGACCGGUCUAUAGCGCAGACCUUCCUGGUAGCCCAGAUAGAUUUACAGAAUAACGCGGGAGAAGUAAUUGACUGGAGGGCGCCCAUAAUGAGCUUUCUUCAGCAAGGGGCCAUACCCACCAGCCCUGAGGAAGCGCGUAUGAUCAGGAGGCAAGCCCACUCUUAUGCAAUGAUUGGGGAUCAGCUGUACAAAAAGUCUUUUUCCAGACCUCUACUCAAGUGCCUGAAUAUGGAGGAAGCGGACCAGGCCUUGCGAGAGAUACAUUCGGGGUGCUGUGAAGUACCAGAACCUGACGCACAGACCUACAGAGCUGCUGAGAACUUCUACAGUAUCCUGCCCUUUCGACCAAUGCGGUAUGGAUAUCGUGGGGCCUUUCCCGAUGGCUACUGGGCAGAGACGCUUCUUGUUGGUAGCAGUAGACUACUUCUCUAA